CGCCGCCGCCGCCACACGCUCUGUCCCCGCGCUUAAAGGGACCGCAGCAGGCGCGCGCGUGCUCGUGUGUGAGAGAGAGAGCGCGAGAGUGCGCGAGACAGCUCGAGAAAGAGAGAGAGUGGGGGGGAGAAAAAGAGACUGCAAGUGACUGCGGCUGCGCGCGCGCAAAAAAAAAAAAAAAAAAAAGAGCGAGCCUGCAGGAGGAAGAGAGCGAGAGAGAGCGGGAGAGGAGGGGAGCUAGCAGCAGCCAGCCAGCCCGGUGAGCGUACCCUCUCUCCUCCAUGGAAGCCAACUCCUUCUCAGAUCAUUGUGAUACGGAGCCAAGUAAUAACGAGCCUUUGAGUGGAGAUCUCCCAACAGACACUAAGGUUGGGGCCACGGAGACUGCCACCGUGAGCAGACGCUCUUUAGGGGACAGAAGAAUGGAGUGGGAGGAAAAUUCAGUUGAUGGUCAAAGUGGAGACACAGUUGCAGACAAUCAGGAACCUGAAAAAGAGCCUCAGGAUGAUGUGGAAGAGGACAGUGAUGCAAAAAACGUCAAAAGGGUCUCAAAAGCACUGGCACAAGAGAAGGAUUCACAUGAUGUAGACUCCCCAAUUAAAAGCUCUCCUGAAGCUUCACACCCUAGUCCGAAAUGUGAUGAGGAAGAAGACAAAGACCUCAAAGCAGAGCCAUCUGGUGACAUAAAUAGUUCAAAGAGUCCCAAAUCAACACAUGCAGAGGAAAAUGGUGAAACUAGUCAGAAUACUCCUGAAAGUGGUGAAAAUGCCAGCAGCCUUCCUGAAGAAAAGGCUGCAGGAGAACCACCCGAGACCCAGGCUGACCCACCACAGCCCAGCCAAACUGCCCCAAGGAGAAUGAGGCUUCGACCUUCACUUAAACCCCGUACUUCUACAUCCAUUGUCAUUGACAGCGGUUUGAUGUCAGAUGCAGGCAAAGAACCACAGGUGAAAGAGGAAUCCCCAAAGGAUGAUUCCUCUACCCCAGGCAAAGAUGCUAGAAACGAACCUAUGUCCACCACAGGCAAUGACAAAGGGUCUGGACCAUCAAGGGAUGCAGCGGAGCAAAAGAGGAGUGAACGAGCUCGCCGUUCUGAGUCCCUGAGGGUGGAAGGCUUAGCAUCAACGGAGAGCAUGCAGAUUUCAGAUGAGGACUCCGACGCUAUGGUGGACGACCCAAAUGAUGAGGACUUUGUACCCUUUCGCACACGUCGCCCAACACGCAUGUCUCUUCGCAAUCCAAUACCACCACGCCCAGCCAAGCCAACACUCACCAAGAUGUCCUGUGCCAAUUGCCGCACCCCUUUGCAGAAGGGGCAAACGGCAUAUCAGCGCAAGGGACUGCCCCAGCUUUUCUGCUCCUCCGCUUGUCUUACCACUUUCUCAAAGAAGCCUCUGGGCAAAAAGAUCUGUACCUUCUGUAAGAAGGAUAUACGCAAUUCCAAAGAUUCUGUGGUGGCUCAGACUGGUGCUGCAGGAAAUUUUCAAGAGUUCUGCUCCUCUGCUUGCCUGUCCCUCUUCGAGGCACAGCCACGAUCCAGCUCCCAGUCAUCGUCUGAUGUCCCUGAUAUAAUAAAGUGCAGCAUCUGUCAUAAGAGUGGAGAGAUUCAGCAUGAAGUGAGCAAUGGGAGUGUCAUUCACAGACUGUGCAGUGAUAUCUGCUUCACCAAAUUUCGAGCUACCAAAGGCCUGAAAACAAACUGCUGUGACAACUGUGGUAUUUACAUCUACAACAAAGGUCUACCAUUGGAGUACCUGUUCCACGAGGGUCAGCAGAAGCGCUUCUGCAAUGCAGCUUGUCUUAACAACUACAAGAAGAAAAACACAAAGGUUUAUCCCUGCAUGUACUGCAAAACACUCUGCAAAAACUUUGAAAUGCUUUCCAAUGUGGACAAGAAUGGUCGUAUGGGCCUCUUCUGCUCAAUCUGCUGCAUCACCUCACACAAAGUCAAGCAGUCUGGACUGACAGGUCCUGCUCGUCCAUGCAGCCUAUGUAGGCGCAGCCUUUCAGAGCCUGCAUAUUACAACAAGACAGAUCGUGUACUCUACCAGUUUUGUAGUCCAAGCUGCUGGACUACGUUUCAGCGCACCAGUCCUGAGGGUGGAAUCCAAUUGAAUUGUCAUUAUUGCCACAAUAUGUUCACAGGGAAGCCAGAGAUAUUGGACUGGCAAGACCAUGUAUAUCAGUUCUGCUGCAAGGAUUGCUGUGAGGAUUAUAAGCGGUUACAUGGGGUGGUCUCUCAGUGUGAAUACUGCAAGCAGGAGAAACUUCUCCAUGAAAAAAUACGUUUUUCCGGAGUAGAGAAAAACUUCUGCAGUGAAGGCUGUGUGCUGCUAUACAAGCAGGACUUCACAAAGAACCUGGGUCUAUGCUGCAUCACCUGCACUUACUGUUCUCAGACCUGCCAACGUGCAGUCACAGAGGAGCUGGAUGGAAGCACAUGGGACUUUUGCAGUGAAGAGUGCAAGAGCAAAUACCUUUUGUGGUACUUUAAGGCAGCAAGAUGUCAUGCUUGUAAGCGUCAAGGGAAGCUGUUGGAAACCAUUCACUGGCGUGGAGAAAUCAAGCAUUUUUGCAACCAGCAAUGUUUGUUACGAUUCUACAGUCAACAAAACCAGCCCAACUUAGAUACUCAAAAGGGGCCUGAAAGCCUCUUGCAUAGUAAGAAAGGUCAAAAUGCAGGAUCCAAAACCCCAACAGUUGUCCAAAACAAAGCAGAGACUAAUACGAAUGCCUCACGAAGAGCGUCAGAGAGAGGUGACUCAAUGCAUGGUGGAAGCAGAAAGCCUGUUGCGGGGAAUCGGGAAAGGACAAAGCCUGCUGAAGUAGGAGAGGACAGAGAUAGUUUGGCUUCACCAAAAAGUCGUACUGCACAUGCGGCAGCAACCCCUACAACUCCAACAAGUCCUCCUCCUUCUAACCGCAAAAAUAAAGCUGCAAUGUGCAAACCCCUAAUGCAGAAUCGUGGAACGUCCUGUGGGGUGCAGAUGGUAGAUAGUGAUUGUCAGACAGAUGAAGAUUACAAGCCGCAAGUCAUAGUGCUGCCCAUUCCAGUUCCCAUAUUUGUGCCAGUACCCAUGAACUUAUACUCUCAGAAAGUGCCUGUAGCAUGCACUAUGCCAUUCCCGGUACCGGUUCCCGUGCUGCUACCGACCACCCUAGAGAACACCGAUAAAAUUGUGGAAACAAUUGAAGAGCUGAAAGUAAAAAUCCCAUCCAACCCAUUAGAAGCGGAUAUUCUGGCUAUGGCUGAAAUGAUUGCUGAAGCAGAGGAACUGGAAAAGGCUUCGGACUUAUGUGUUGGCCAAAUGGAGGAGGCCUCUGAUACUGGAAUUGGGGAAAGGACGGCCACUGGUCACAUCGGGAAUCGCAAGCAGGAGCUCAUUAGUAAUCAGAGUGCGGAAGGAUUGCUGGAAGACUGUGAUCUCUUUGGGCCAGCAAGAGAUGAUGUGUUAGCCAUGGCUGUAAAAAUGGCAAAUGUGCUGGAGGAGCCAGGACAAGAUUUGGAGGCAGACUUCCCAAAAAAUUCUUUGGACAUUAAUCAGAGUGUGGAUUUCCUCUUUGACUGUGGUUUGGUGGGAUCAGAUGAUGCAUCUGAACAGGAGGCCAACCGUGUCUUGCGAAAAGGCCCCAAACGAGCACUCCUUUCAGAAAGAGAAAGCUGCUCCAGAGACUCUCUAAGCAGUCAACGGAGCAGCACUGCCCUUAGCUUCACAUAUGGCGUGAAUGCCUGGAAAUCCUGGGUGCAAAGAAAGUAUGAAGGGGGCGAGCCCAAGAAAGGAGAAGAGAUACGAUUUGGACCAAAGCCCAUGCGGAUAAAAGAGGACAUCUUGGCUUGCACAGCUGCAGAGUUAAACUAUGGCUUAGCACAGUUUGUGAAGGAAAUAAAGCGACCAAACGGAGAGCGAUAUGAACCAGAUAGUAUAUACUACCUGUGCUUAGGCAUUCAGCAGUAUCUUCUAGACAAUAAUCGCAUGGUAAACAUCUUUACGGACCUGUAUUACCUGACAUUUGUGCAAGAACUGAAUAAGAUAUUGACGUCCUGGCAUCGAAACCUGACUCCAAAUAGGCUGAUAUACUCACGUGUAGAAGAAGAACAUCUAUGGGACUGUAAACAGCUGGGAGUAUACUCUCCUUUUGUUCUACUGAAGACACUUAUGUUCUUCAACACAAAGUACUUUGGGUUACGCACAGCAGAAGAGCAUAUGCAGUUGUCAUUCACCAAUGUGGUACGACAGUCCCGCAAAUGCACCACCAAUAGGGGAACCAUGAAAGUAGUCAGCAUUCGAUACUAUCCUCCAGCUCGUCAGAAGAAAGGUAGAGAAAGCUCUACAAAACGGAAACGUGAGGAAGAAACACCAAUACUGGAGCAAAAUGAGAACAAGCUGAACCCUCUACGCUGCCCGGUCAAGUUCUAUGAGUUUUAUCUAUCAAAAUGCCCCGAGAAUCUUCGCAAUCGAAGUGACUUAUUCUAUUUGCAGCCUGAACGCUCGUGUGUUGCAGAAUCUCCGCUGUGGUACUCUGUUAUAGCAAUGGACAAAAGUAUGCUUCAGAGUAUGUUGAGUCGUAUCCUGGCUGUGAGGGAGGUGUAUGAAGAGCAAUUACGAACGGCCAGUGCGAGUGAUGACACAGAUUAACUGUUGGAUGGAAAUAGUCUGUAAAUCUUCGCUUUCCACCUACAAGUGAACUUGGUUGAACACCUCAUAAUCUUACAGACGGACAGUCUGGAGCCCAGCCGAGUGUAGUAAUGUGGGCUUUUACACAAACCUGGCCUCAGUUGGUUCUCGGCACUUCCUCCACCCAUUCUCUCUCCCUACACUUUCCUGCAAGUUUUUUUUUGUUGCAGAGGAGCUUACAAACAUGCCAUUUUCUCAUCUUCAUGGGCUUAGUGGAAACAGCAGUGUUGUUUGACCCCGCUGCACUUCUGUUCUUUGAUGUGUAGGCUAUACAAAAAUGCAGCAAAGCAGACUAAGAGCAGCAGGUAAAGUGGCUUGCAAGAGAGAGAUUGCAUCUCUUGCUACCACUCUAUGCUUGUGCAUGUGACAUUAUACACACCAUCGCUAUUCGGUAGCAACCAGCUGGUGACGAAACAGACCUGUAGCUGAAGGUAUCUAUAGGCUUUUGCUGAAAUACGUUAACUACGAUCACUAAAGGCCUGAAUAAUUCACCAAGUAGCUGAAACUGUUGGCAUAAAUGACACAUGCCCAUGUAUUGGUUCUUCCUGAUAAUGUCACAACAAAGUGGUCUGCAUUUGUAUCAAACGUGGGAAUCAGGCACUGGCCAGCAGGUGUCGCUGUAUCUACAUAUUUUCACAAUAUGUACUCUAUACAAGAACAACAAGGCUGCAAAUAAACUCGCUCUGACUGUUGCUAGGACCAGCAAUCCUUCCAUAUUCUUCAGUGCUGACACUUGCGAUCUCCAAGGCCACCCACCCCACCCCUAAAUAACUGACAGUCUGGUAAUUAGGGUUCACAAUGGGAGAUUUUUUAUUUUCUUUCUUAUUUUGAAUUUUUUUAUGUAAUUUUUUUUUGGGGGGGGGGGGGGGUUGUAACCUCUGAAUGGGUUCAGCUGCUCAAACAUGUAAAUAUUGUUUUUAUGCGUGUGCCCUUUGCGCCCGCCUCAUAUUUACACUUGUCAUGUGCAAGGUCCUGGCAGAGCCCUGUGUGUUGGGAAAAUUUCAUUGCAAAUAAAAUGGUUUUAAUUCCUUCAUAUGAAUGGCUGGAAGACCCUUAACAAAUACAGAGCUGCAUUUGGCUACUAUUCUGUGUUGUAAGUACUCUAUAUUUCAGACGCUUUAUGCCCUGUAAGUGUACUUUAGGACAGGCCUGAGCCCACCAUUACCGUUUGGCUGCAUUAUUGUGCCUCUUAAUAUCAUGGACAUGCUGAAAAAGCUGUCCCUGUUUUCCUCCCCCUUUUAGACUUUAGACCCUUGAAUGCAGAACAACUGCUGCCACAACACAUACUUCUCCCAGAAUAAUCUGCAGGAGCAGCAGUGUAUCAACACUAUCAUCUCAACAGACCUGAAUAAACAAACCGACACUAACUGGCCGACAGUAGGUUGAUUGAAGAGAAUCUGGAUUAAACGUAUUACGAUGGGACACGCAGUUCUUGGUAUUUCAUAUCGUUAUCUGAUUAUCGUCUGGAUUCAGUGAGAUACGAGAGGUUAUCUUUUCUUACCACACAUUUCCUAUUUGUUAAUAAGGAGAAUGCAGGUGUUAGAUUUUAAUUACUUUAGCACUUAAUCACGCACACACUGCCUUUUACACACAGCCUCUCCUAUCCACACCCAACUCCUCCUACCUGGUGCAAGUUAAUGUGUGUGAGCAUAUAUACUCAUACACAUAUACAGACACAAAAAGAGGGUUGCAGCAGUAUAUUGUUUUGCAUUCAUAUUUGCUACAUUUGUGUCCAAAAUGCUUAAGCACCUUUGAAUUUUGAUGAAAUAGUCUAUUCAUGCAGCUCACAUUUCAGAUCGCUCUUCAUUAUCCAGUUUUUGUGCCAGUGGGUUACAAUAUCUGUUUCUUGUUAAAUUGUUUAAAUAGAUGCAAAAUGGCUGUAGACUUUGAGUUUCGAGGGACAUACCACACACCUUUUUAUUGUCGUCAUAUAUUUAGAUUGUUCAGGAACCGCAGCAUUUCCUUGGUUUUACACCAACAUAAGCUGAAGCUUAUUGCAUCCCCUUCACAGCUAUUUGUGGCCUGUGUCAUUUCCAAAUGUCUUGUCAUUACACAGAUAUGUUUGUGCCAUGCCAAAUACAUUCAGAGUAGGCUCAAAUUGAG